AUGGAGCCAGAUGGAGCUGGUGAAACAGCUUUAUGGAAGAAUACCUGUUCUAGCAUGGGGCCAGCUGUACCUGUGGAGGUUCCUCUUUGCAAAGGUGCUGGUGAUAUGGCUGCUGCAGGACCAAAAGAAAGUUCCUGGGAGGAACCUUCUGAUGACAGCCUUGAGAUUUCUGGUGCCCAGAACAUUCCAGAGACGUCAAUAAUUGAAGUUCCCAGUCCUGACUUCAGUUUCCAUAAGGAUGAGUGUCUAGACAUCUACAUUUCCGCUUAUGAACACCCUAAUCACUUCUGGAUCCAAAUCAUUGGCUCCCACAGCUGCCAGUUGGAUCAACUUAUCAUUGAGAUGACCCAGCACUAUGAAAAUAGUCUGCCUGAAGACAUGACUGUGCACGUAGGAGACAUUGUAACAGCACCUUAUUCUACAGAUGGUUCCUGGUAUCAAGGCCAGAUUCUUGGUACCCUGGAAAAUGGGAACUUGGAUGUCUAUUUUGUGGACUUUGGAAAUAAUGGAGAUUCCCCACUGAAGGAACUCAGGGCUCUCAGGAGUGACUUCCUGAGCCUUCCCUUUCAAGCAAUAGAAUGCAGUCUGGCACAAAUCACCCCCUCAGGUGAACAGUGGAAAGAGGAAGCUCUAGAUGAGUUUGAGAGACUCACUCAUUUUGCUCACUCGAAGCCAUUGGUGGCCAAAAUCUCUAGCUAUGUCCUGACUGGAAACUCAACUUGGCCAAAAAUCCAUUUAUAUGAUACCAGUAAUGAGAAGAAACUUGAUAUUGGGCUAGAAUUAAUUAGCAAAGGAUAUGCAUUAGAAGUUCCAGAAGAUGUGAAAGAAGAUGUGACUGUCCCAGAUGUGUUGAAGGACAUGGCCACUGAGACAGAUGCUUCUCUUGCCAGCAUACUCAAUGAGACCACAAAGAGCCCUGAACAGACAGCACAUACCCUAUCCUGCCUUAGCUUAUCAGAAGAAACUACAUAG